UUUUCACCUUGGUUCGUUCAAGCUAAAUAUUUAUUACAAGUAAAUAUUCAAAAUGUUUCUUGACCAUAAUCUUAUCAUCGGUUUGAUUUUAUGGUUAAUCAUUUUGCCAGUGGCUGGUCCAAUAUUUUUGUUCUGCUUCUUAUGGAAAUGCAUAAGCCUAGCCGUAGCAAAGUUUCGAUAUUCCAAGAGUAAACACAUUUUCAAGCCUUUAAACUUUAUGGACUCAUUCCUUCACGCUCGAGAAAAUGGAGGAAUAAUUGGUUGUGCGAUCCGAUUAGAAAAUAAUCCCAUGACUAGUGCAAAGUUGGACGUUCAAGAAUUCAGAAAUCAUUUCCUAACUACAUUUAUUAAUAAUGGGAAUAAAGAAAAAUAUCCGUAUUUUUACACAAGAUCCGUCUCAGUUUUUGGAUUCAUGUAUGCUGUUGCAAAUUUGGAACAAAAUAUCGACCUUAACCACCACAUCAGAGAAAUGCCGGUUUUGGAAGACGAGUCGGAAAAUGCAGGAUUAAGGCGUAUCAUGUCUGACAACUCAAAUUUCCAUUCGGAUUCUAUACGAUGGGAAAUAAUAAUAUUGAGGGGAAUGAUUAAUGAGUUCAUUAUUUUCAAAUUUCAUCACGCCCAUUUAGACGGAUAUUCUUUGAGAUGUUUGCUGGACAAGUUAUGCGGAAACGAGUCACAUUAUUCUGUAAAAGGGUGGAAAGGUGGAUUUUUAUACAAGACAAAAUUACUGAUAAAAUGCACAAGUCACAUUGGAAAAAUCUUCUUGACAAGUCGACUUGCUUUCUAUCAGAACUUGUCUCCACGAAACCAAGAACUGGAACAAGUUAUCACACAAGACCACAUAACAAAACCCGUAUCGAGUAAACUAAUGAUGUCAAAGAUAACUGUGGAGACUUGGAAACUAAAAGAAAUUGCGAAGAAUACCAAGACGAGCUUUCUCGCCACAGUAUUUGCUCUUCAUAUCUGGUCAAUGAAGAAGAAUACCAAUUUUCUCAACAAGUAUUCUAAUCGAGGGAAUGUUUGCCAAAUUAUAACUCCAACUGCAGUGCCUGGACAUCCUGUUGUAAAGACAAACGGAAAAUAUUGCUGCAAUCACUUCUCAAUCCUAGUUCAACAAUUCCCACUUGAUGAAAAUGAUCCAAUUAAACUACUAAAGAAAGUAAAUUCUUUGUAUAAAAGUUGUGCUGAUUCGGAGUUUUCUGAAUCAUUGUAUAUUCUGCAAAGUGUUCUAGGUCAGAUUGACCCGUACAAUUGGAUACAAUUUGCGACAAGGUUUCUUCUAAGACAGAAACUGUUUGAGCACAUGAUUAAUCCUUUCCCAUUUUGGGAUAAAGAUUGCUAUGUUUUAAGUCGGCAGAUAAAGAAUAUUUACUUUCUUGCUACUUCUCCAUAUUGUCAUGAAAAUGGUAUCAUGGUCACACCAUACACGAGGGGGGCAGAAGUAGAUAUUUCUGUUCAUGCCAGGUCGGAUAUUUUUUGUAGUCAGCAAGAAAUCGACAAUCACAUGAAUUUGUGUUGGGUCGAUGGUUUGGAAUUGUUUCUCCAAGAAACAGCGAAAAGCAGAAACACGGAAGGAAAAGUUGCUAAAGAUUUUUUAAGUAUUGAGAAAAUUCGUGCAUAGAUACACAUGCAUAAAUACAUACCUACACAAAUUUGUAUUCUUUAUACGCAAAUAAAUAAAUUUAGUUUACACA